AAAAUGUCCUUUCAUCGUCAAAAUUACCUUCCCCCAAUUUGAUGAACAAAUAAGAACUUUCAAAAGCAAACUGCUCCGGCCAAAGCAACUUUCCGACGAGAUCGAUCAGAAAUCUGUUGGACCACCCUUAAAUCUAAUUCUGAAUCACUCACCCUUAGAAAAAGGAGAUGAAAGAGGGCACUGGUAACGGGCCUUUGAUUUUGGAUAUUGAAGAUUUUAAGGGGGAUUUUUCAUUUGAUGCAUUGUUUGGUAAUUUGGUGAAUGAGUUACUACCAUCUUAUAAUGAGGAUGACGGCGACGCAGCCGACGGUCAUGGUAAUUUUGGUGGCAAUGAUUUAAUGUUAAAUGGGAAUUUUCGAAAUUCGUCCUCGGAUGUCACAAAAGUAGGACAAGGGGUCUCCAAUGCCAUGCCAUUGUUUCCAGAAGUAGAUGCUCUCUUGGCACUCUUCAAGGAUUCUUGUAAGGAGUUGAUUGAUCUCCGGCAGCAGGUUGAUACAAGGCUCAACAGUCUUAGAAAGGAGGUUUCCCAACAGGAUGCUAAGCAUCGAAAAACACUUGCUGAGCUGGAAAAAGGCGUAGAUGGGUUAUUUGAUAGCUUUGCGAGGUUGGAUUCUCGCAUUUCAAGUGUUGGACAGACUGCAGCUAAAAUCGGAGAUCAUUUGCAGAGUGCAGAUGCUCAGCGAGAAACUGCAAGUCAAACAAUAGAUCUGAUAAAGUAUUUGAUGGAGUUCAACAGCACCCCUGGAGAUCUUAUGGAACUUUCGCCUCUGUUUUCUGAUGACAGUCGUGUUGCUGAGGCAGCUUCAAUUGCACAGAAGCUACGGCAAUUUGCCGAGGAAGAUAUAGGAAGACAAGGGAUAGGAGUACAAUCGGCCACAGGAAAUGCCACUGCCAGUAGAGGAUUGGAAGUUGCUGUUGGUAAUCUCCAGGAGUAUUGCAAUGAAUUGGAGAACAGAUUAUUACAAAGAUUUGAUGCUGCAUCACAAAGAAGGGAAUUAUCAACCAUGGCAGAAUGUGCCAAAAUAUUGUCCCAGUUUAACCGCGGUAGCAGUGCCAUGCAACACUAUGUGGCAACACGUCCAAUGUUUAUUGAUGUGGAGAUCAUGAGUGCAGACAACAGAUUAGUUCUGGGUGAGCAAGGUUCACAAGCCAAUCCAAGUAAUGUUGCUCGUGGUCUUUCUUCACUAUACAAGGAGAUCGCAGAUACUGUGAGAAAAGAAUCUGCCACGAUAAUGGCUGUUUUCCCUUCUCCAAAUGAAGUUAUGGCGAUCCUUGUUCAGAGAGUUUUGGAACAACGAGUCACAGCCCUUUUAGACAAGCUGUUGCGGAAGCCAUCUCUUCUGCAUCCACCUUCAAUGGAGGAGGGUGGGCUCCUGGUGUACCUCAGAAUGUUAGCUGUGGCAUAUGAGAAAACACAGGAACUUGCAAGAGACCUUCGUGCAGUGGGCUGUGGAGACUUGGAUGUCGAGGGUCUGACGGAAUCCCUAUUUUCUGCACAUAAAGAUGAGUACCCUGAACAUGAAAGGGCCUCUCUUAAGCAACUAUACCAAGCAAAGAUGGAAGAAUUGCGUGCUGAAAGUCUUGCCGAGUUAGGUAGUGGAACUGGCAGUAUUGGCCGAUCUAAAGGAGCUUCUAUAGCUUCUAACCACCAACAGAUAUCUGUCGCGGUGGUGACAGAAUUUGUACGCUGGAAUGAGGAAGCUGUAUCCAGGUGCAAUUUAUUUUCUGCGCAGCCUUCUGUCCUUGCAGCGAACGUAAGAGCCGUGUUCACUUGUCUUUUGGAUCAAGUCAGUCAGUACUUAACUGAAGGCCUUGAACGGGCCAGGGAAGGCUUGACAGAAGCUGCAGCUUUACGGGAAAGAUUUGUUCUUGGAACAAAUAUCAGCAGAAGAGUUGCUGCUGCCGCUGCUUCCGCUGCAGAAGCAGCUGCUGCCGCUGGUGAAAGCAGUUUCAGAUCUUUCAUGGUUGCUGUACAACGUUGUGCCAGUAGUGUUGCUUUGGUCCAGCAAAAUUUUGCCAAUUCGAUAUCUCGGCUUUUACUUCCUGUUGAUGGAGCACAUGCUGCAUCAUGUGAAGAGAUGGCUACAGCAAUGUCUAAGGCAGAAUCUGCAGCUCAUAAAGGACUACAACAAUGCAUUGACACUGUGAUGGCUGAGGUGGAAAGAUUAUUGUCAGCUGAACAAAAGGCAACUGAUUAUCGCUCACCUGAAGAUGGGAUUAUUCCUGAUCAUAGGCCUACUAGUGCAUGUACCAGAGUUGUUACAUAUCUCUCACGUGUCCUGGAGUCUGCUUUCACUGCAUUAGAGGGUCUCAACAAGCAGGCGUUUCUCACGGAAUUGGGAAACCGCUUGCAUAAGUUGCUGCUCAGUCACUGGCAAAAGUUCACUUUCAAUCCCAGUGGGGGUUUACGGCUGAAACGUGACAUAACAGAGUAUGGAGAAUUUGUGCGCAGCUUCAAUGCUCCUUCUGUUGAUGAACAUUUUGAAGUGUUGGGAAUUUUGGCCAAUGUCUUCAUCGUUGCUCCUGAAAGUCUCUCUACUCUUUUUGAGGGGACCCCAAGUAUUCGCAAAGAUGCACAAAGAUUUAUCCAGCUUCGGGAUGAUUACAAGUCUGCAAAACUUGCGGCAAAACUCAGCUCAUUGUGGCCAAGUCUUGGUUGAGGUUGCUAGUUAAAGUGAAAGAGUUCAUAUCGUUCCCCUAUUAUACCAUUCAUGAAGAAGCCGCGGUGAUAACUUUUGCCAGAAAUCUUGAGCUGCGUUGCUUUGAUCUGGACUUCAUCGACCAUCUGGCAUCAGCAUUAAACUGGCUUCUUUGAUAUGUGGGGGUAAUUCUGGAGUGUUACAGCAUAAUGGAGUUGUAUAAUAGUUGAUAGUUCUUAUUUUUCAGUUUCAAUUCUUUUCUUGGUUGUUAUAUAUGUAAAUUUCAGUGGACUCUUCUCUUCAGCUUGUGUGGCAAAAUAUUGGGUUUCUUUCUAUUUUGUUAUUUUCUUAGGUUUAUUCAAGUAGAUGGUUGUUCUUUCGGAGAGAAACCUUAUUGUAGAUAGUUAAUUGAUGUAAUUUGAGGAUUUAGUCAUUUGUCUGGAAUUGAAAAUUUGUAUCUCAUUUAUUUGGCAUUGUGUUCUUGUAGCUCAGCUGCCUGUACCAAACAGCUAGGGUAUUUCAAGCACAAUUUUCAUUGAUUUAAGGGAAACUUGAGCAACGGUGCAACA